UAAAUUGCCGAAUCAUUCAAUAUUUUCAAGUAAAACAAGGAAGUUUUUUUUAAUUUCUGAUUCAAACCAUAAUAAUAUCAUCGAUCAAACAUUAAAUAAAGUUAUGGCAGGAACUCUCGAAGAUAAAUCAAUAUGGGAAGAGGAGGAAUCCUUAGCAGAAGAGGUAUUACGAAUGCCAACAGAUGAAAUUCAAUCGCGAACUCGUUUAAUGGACAAUGAAAUUAAGAUCAUGAAGUCAGAAGUGAUGAGAAUAACUCAUGAGUUACAAACACAGAAUGAGAAAAUCAAGGAUAACACGGAAAAGAUUAAGGUGAACAAGACAUUACCAUAUCUUGUAUCGAAUGUUAUUGAACUGUUGGAUGUUGAUCCACAAGAGGAAGAAGAUGAUGGAGCAGUAAAUUUAUUGGAUUCUCAGCGUAAAGGCAAAUGUGCUGUCAUAAAAACAUCAACAAGACAAACUUAUUUCCUUCCUGUCAUCGGACUGGUCGAUGCUGAAAAAUUGAAGCCUGGCGAUCUUGUUGGUGUCAAUAAGGAUUCUUAUCUCAUCCUUGAAACCUUACCAGCUGAAUACGAUGCUCGUGUAAAAGCCAUGGAGGUCGACGAACGUCCAACUGAACAAUAUUCGGAUAUUGGUGGCCUCGAUAAGCAAAUUCAAGAACUUAUUGAAGCUGUAGUCUUACCAAUGACACACAAAGACAAAUUUAAAAAUCUUGGAAUUCAUCCACCCAAAGGUGUUUUGCUUUAUGGUCCACCUGGUACUGGAAAAACUCUUCUUGCGAGGGCAUGUGCAGCACAAACAAAAUCCACAUUUUUAAAGCUUGCUGGUCCACAGCUUGUGCAAAUGUUUAUUGGCGAUGGUGCUAAGUUAGUGCGUGAUGCAUUUGCUUUAGCAAAAGAAAAAGCUCCAGCAAUUAUCUUUAUUGAUGAGUUAGAUGCCAUUGGAACGAAACGUUUUGAUUCAGAAAAGGCUGGCGAUCGUGAAGUUCAACGUACUAUGUUGGAGUUAUUGAAUCAACUUGAUGGCUUUAGUUCAACAGCAGAUAUUAAAGUUAUUGCUGCUACAAAUCGUGUUGAUAUUUUGGAUCCAGCAUUACUUCGUUCUGGACGUUUAGAUCGAAAGAUUGAAUUUCCACAUCCAAAUGAAGAAGCUCGAGCUAGAAUUAUGCAAAUUCACUCUCGUAAGAUGAAUGUUAGUCCCGAUGUGAAUUUUGAAGAAUUAGCACGUACAACCGAUGAUUUCAACGGUGCUCAAUGCAAAGCUGUUUGUGUUGAGGCUGGUAUGAUUGCUCUUCGUCGUUCAGCAAGUACCGUCACUCAUGAAGAUUUUAUGGAUGCUAUCAUGGAAGUGCAAGCUAAGAAGAAAGCAAAUUUGAAUUAUUAUGCUUAAGAUUUAGAUCGUGUUUGUGCUUAUGUAUCACAUAAUUUUUUCUUUUUCUCAUUAAAAAUGAUUUAAUAAAAUAGUUUUUCAUUCAUAA